UUCUUCCUCCUUCUUCCCAGUCUCACCACUCUUCAGUUUCAUUCAUUCUCUAUUUCUCGUCAAGGUAACUGUGUUUUCUUCCUCGUCUUCACCAUCACACAGAUCUGAACAUUCUGCUCUGAAUCUUCACCAGCGAGCGCGAACAUGGACAGUGAAUUACCCAGCAUAAAGAAAUGGAACAUUCUGUAUCCCGUUUACAUCAAUUCCAAAAAAACCAUGGCUGAAGGAAGACGAAUCGGAAUCUCCAAAGCUUGCGAAAACCCUACCUGCGCUGAAAUUGGGGAUUGCUGCAGCUACCUCAAGCUUCCUUUCGCAAUUGAGAUUGACAAGGCUUACCCUCGUGAUUUCAUGCAAAGAGGCCGAGUCAGGGUUUUGCUCAAAAAGGAUGAUGGGUCUCUCUUCAAUUCUGACAUUUCUUCCAGAAAGCAACUAAUGCUUCGCAUUGCAGAGAUGGUGCCUAGACAUCAUGGAAGGGUUAAGAAGCAGGAAACUGCAUCAACGUCUACAUCAACUGCUGGACCUUCAAACAAAUCUGGAAAAGGUGGAAAAAAGAGGAGAUGAUCUUGUGUUUGAAAUAUUGGCCUAACAUGUUGAUACUUGCAGUGUUUUGCUUGCUGGAUAUAUUAUUUCUUGUAAUAGGAGUAAUUUAUCCCAACUAAAUUAAUGAUUUCCCUCCCCAUUUUGUAUUGGGAAACAAUCUUGCUCUUUGGGAUUUUACAUCAUUUUAGUGUAUCUUUAGAUUUUUGUUAAACUCAACGGUGAUUCACGUUUAAGUCAAGUCAAUGUGUCACUACUUC